UUUAAGUUGUCUACGUGUUCUUGAAAUCUUGAAUACAUUUUCACAAGAAGACGUUUUUGAAAUGGAAUUCAUAGUAGUACUGAUAUUAUCUUCUUUGAUAUGUAUCUGCAACGGUAAUGUGUUUGGUCCUAGUACACAAAAUUCUGUAGAGGCGGACAAAAGGGAGACAAGAUACAUCCAAUCGGACAUAAAUGUGUUGAAAGACAAUAUGCAUGAGCUACUUAAAAGAGUCAUUGAAAACGAAAACGAUAUUUCUUCACUUAAAAGUGAAAAUCAAUAUCUGACAAAUAAACUUGAAAACGAACGGCGUCAUUUUUCAUGCGAAAUCAACGAGUUACAUGAAAACACUAACGAACAGCAACAAGAUUUGACUGAUACUAACACAGAGAUUAUUCACCUUAAUCAAACUAUAGAAGAACUGAGAAAUGGUGUCGACAAGUUAGAAGAGUUACAAAGGCGAAGGUCCGAGGACACCAUUACAGAAUGUAUUGACAAACCAGAAUCAAAUCAAGAGAGAAACAAUAGAGACUGCACAGAUAUACAAAAUAACAGCAAUCAGGCGCUGGAAAGUGGUGUGUACAACAUAUAUCCCAACGGCACAAAGUCUGUCCAGGCUUAUUGUGAUAUGUCUACAGACGGCGGAGGUUGGACAGUUAUUCAGAAAAGAUUUGAUGGAUCAGUUGACUUUAAUCAGAACUGGGUGGAAUGUGAAAAAGGGUUUGGUAACAUAACUGGAGAAUUCUGGUUUGGAAAUAAUUACGCGCAUACCCUGACAGCCAGCAGAAAAUACGAACUGAGAAUAGAUAUGGUUGACACAAGUAAUAACACGAAAUAUGCUGUAUACAAACGUUUCAGUAUUGGAGACGCUGCUUCUAAGUACAGGUUAUUUGUCGGUGAUUAUGCAGGAAACGCAGUGGAUUCGUUGAAAUAUCAUGAUAGACAUAGAUUUAGUGCUAAAGAUCAGAACAAUGACUUCCGUGGUAGUUCCAAUUGUGCCUCUCAUCAUCUAGGACCUUGGUGGUAUAAUUUUAGAUGUUAUAGUGCAAACCUUAACCUACCUUUUGGAAAGAUGGAUUGGAGUGAUACAGGACACAAACAAGACAAAUGCCAAAACGAUUGGGUUUGUAGUGAAUGUGGAAAAGAAGGGCAUAAAGCAAAAGAAUGCAUAACUCCUAGUAAAGCAGCAUCAGACAAUGAAACUCCUGAUAAAGCAGCAUCAGACAGUGAAGCAAAUAAAACAGUUGACCAGUCUGAUUCUAGUGAGAGUGAAAGUGGGGAAGAGACUGACAUUGGUGAUCAUGUUGAUCACAGUGAAACCCCACUUUCACAGUCCAUAUUGCUACCUACAGAAGCAAUAACAGCAACAACAACAGCUUCAGUAAAGUCAUCACAGAAAUUGAUCCUGAUUUACAGGAGAAAAAAAACAAGAAAAAAGAAAAACAAAGAUAAAGCAAAAAACAAGCCAAAAGUUGAAUCAAAGGGACCAAUUGACAAAUUCAUUGUAAACCCUGAAUCAACAACACCAGUACAAAAACAGGGAAAAAGACUAGCAACAACCCCUACAGAUGAAUAUCACAACAGACAAACUGAUUCAAGUAAAUCUUUAAAGACAUAG